AUGCCUUACGAGCCCUGGGUUGCGGUCCCAACCCUGGUGUGCAGCACGCUGUCUGCGGUUGCCACAGGUGCGGUGAUCCUGAUGUGGGCGUUCUCGAGCCACGACGAGAAACACUCAUUUCGAUACGCACUGGUGAUGAACUUGACGAUUGCUGAGUUCAUCAACUCAUUCAACAACACAAUCUCCGGGAGCAUAGUCGUCUCGACACAAAAAUGGCUCAAGCUCGGCCUAAGCUGUGACAUGAACGGCUGGAUCGGCCAGAUCUCAGUCCAGGCCGCCGACUUCUCCGUCCUCGCCAUCGCGGUCGUGACCCUGCUGACCGUCAACUUCAACCGCUGGAUCAUGCACUGCAGCACGACCGAGCAGCGGCUGAUCUGCCUCUUCGUGUGGGCCAUGCCCUUCUUCACCGCGUCGCUGGCCCUGGUCACGGACAAGAUCGAGCCCGUGACGGGCAACUGGUGCUGGAUCGCGCAGGACCCGCCCUACCUGCGGUACGCCCUCGGCCACGGCUGGCGCUUCGCCAUCUUCCUGGCCGUCAUCGGCAUCUACGUGGCCGUCUUCUUCAGCGUGCGCCGCCGCCUCUCGAAGCGCAACCAGGAGCCCAGGCUGCAGCGGAGCUACUCCUUCAGCAUGUACACCGACUCGGCCUCGGACGUCAGCACCAUGAUGAGCAACAACGAGCUCAUCCGCGGCAAGCACACCAUGCCCGCCACCGUGCGCGAGGCGGUGACGCGCACCAGCUCCGACCGCAACAAGACCACCGGCCUCGAGGCCGCGCAGGAGUCCAAGCUCGGCGCGCAGCAGCGCCUGGGGAUCAAGCCGCGCAUCCGCGUCAUCCAGAGCAGCCGGCUCGACCACGACACGAGGCACUGGCUGCUGCUGUCGCUGUUCCCCAUGGCCUACAUCGUCGUCUGGAUACCGGGCCUCGCGAACCGGUUCGCGGAGCUGGCCGGGCGCCAGGAGCAGUGGCUCAUCGCGGCGCAGGCGACGACGCAGCUCACCGGGCUGGUGAACGCGCUGGUGUAUGGGUUCAAGGAGCACCGGCACAUGAUGAAGAGGAGGAAGAAGUCUCGGGAGCUUGUGAAACAGAACGGGCUGGAUUUGGACGUUUGA